AUGGAUUUAAAAUAUAUGUUUUUUGCGCAACACUCACAACUGAUUUAUCAGUUUUUUUCAUUUCCCAUUGCCUUAUUGUACUAUAGCCUGGCCAGACAAAGAUGCCUCUCCUUAACAAGCAGGUACAUUUACCUCAUGUUAGGAGGAUGUGUCUUAGCCGUUGUCACCAUGGGCCCUUACUGCUGGUUGGUGUUUGUCCCUGCUGUGGCUUCUGCGCUGCUGGUUCACACAGCAUGCCCCUUGCAAAUUCAUGCCUGGGUAUUUGGAACCCAAAUGUGCUGGCAAAGCUUUUGGCACCUCUUCAUUCAAUACAACGAGUACUGGCUUCAGGAGCCCACAGACAACAGACUCCUGCUCGCAGUGUCAUCCUUGAUGCUUCUUACACAGAGAGUGACAUCAGUGUCAAUGGACCUCCAGGAGGGCAAACUGACACCACAGCCGUCUGGGAUGGAAAAUCCCGGCAGUACUACACCAAUGCUCUAUUAUCUCAGCUAUACGCUGUAUUUCCCGGCUCUUCUCGGUGGACCCCUUUGUUCUUUCCACCGGUUUGUUUCGUUUGUAGAGCAGAGUACCGUGAGCCCUCCCCCACAACCUCUGUAUGUUGUUUGCUGGAAGGCCAGUUUGGUGUUAGGCUUGGAGUGGGUCAAAUAUCUUCUUGUAGAUUUGAUUGAGCAUCACAGCAUAGGGCUGGCCCACCUCAGUGCAGUGCAGGGCAUCCUGUGGGUAUGGGCCCUUUCCCUGGCGUUCAGACUGAGCUAUUAUUCUCACUGGGCACUGAGCGAGUGUCUGAACAAUGCAGCUGGGCUGGGAUUCAGGGGCUACACCGGCACGGGCAUCCCGCAGUGGGACGGCCUGUCUGACGGCGACCCCUGGAGCCUGGAGACGUGUAGCCGACUGUCUGUUUUUGCCCGUCGCUGGAACGGGACGACAGCUGCAUGGCUGCGCAGGCUAGUCUUUCAAAGGUGCAGAACCGCUCCGCUGUUGAUGACUUUUGUGUUCUCUGCCUGGUGGCAUGGGCUACACCCGGGUCAGGUGCUGGGAUUUCUAAUCUGGGGUGCCACAGUGAAGGCUGACUACUGCAUACAUUGUUGCAUAUUCCCUCUUCUGACCACGCCAUGGAAACAGCUGGUGUAUAAAUGCCUGAGCUGGAUGCACACUCAGCUUGUGAUCGCGUGUGUGGUGGUUGCUGUGGAGCUCCGCAGUGCCUGCUUCAUGUGGCUAUUCUGCAGGACCUACAUUUCUGCUUUCAUUGCAUUUCUGUAUAUUCUAUUGCUGUUUAUCUGCUACAAAAACACGCCUGCAAAUGAAUGA